AUGUAUUCAUUUAGAUUACUCGUGGUCUAUUACUUACUUUUCACAAGGUCCCUUCAGAUUGAAAUUGACGACGAAGGCAAGGUCAGUGGUAAUGACCAGCUGCUGAAUAUGCUGAUUGAUGAUUUUGGUGAUGGUUUCAAUGACGAUUCGUCGUCAGAUUAUAAUUGCCCCUUAAAAUGCAAUCCAAAUGCUGACAAGUUUUGUUUAGUCAACAACGAGGCCUUGGGAACAUCAAUUUUUGAUUCAUUUUCAAAGGGAACCAAUUAUUUUUCAAUCACAAGUAGUAAGAAGGGCAUAGAUUUUGGAGAAGAUGGGAUGGAGUUAACAAUUAAGAAUAAGUUUGAAAAUCCGGCCUUAACGUCUAGCUUUUAUAUUAUGUAUGGUAAAGUUGAGGCCGAGAUUAAGGGUGCAUUUGGUAGUGGUAUUGUUAGUUCCCUUUACUUACAGAGUGAUGAUUUAGAUGAGAUUGACAUUGCUGAAAUAUUGGGUGGUGAUCCAUUUAAUUAUCAAACAAAUUACUUUAUCAAGGGAAACGUUACAACUUAUGAUAGAGAAAGGUACCAUAAAUUGCAAAUAAGUCCAUUGAAGGAGUAUUACAAGUAUGGCGUCAAAUGGACCCCAAGUAAGAUAGUAUGGUGCUUGGAUGAUCAACCUGUGCGUCAAUUGCGUCGGGGAAACAGGCAAGGAUUUCCCACAUCUCCAAUGGCGAUCAAGAUCAGUUUAUGGGCAGGAGAGGAUACAGAAAAUGAAGGGACAAUUGCUUGGAGCAAAGGUCUCACCAACUACCAGGAUGGUCCUUUUACCAUGAAUAUUAAGAACUUAGUGGUUAGUGAUUAUUCAUCGGGGCAAUCGUAUUCCUACGGAUGGUUGCCAAAUGGUUCGUGGUUGGACUUGGUUGCCAAAAAUGGAGAAAUUUUCAAAACAAGAGGUAUUGAUGAUGAGGAAAAGACAGGGCUACUUAGAACCCCACCUGAUUAUACGGACGACUUAACAGUGCCAAGAGAAAGGCACGGAGACUGGACAGCAUCUCACGAGCGUGCUUGGUCGCCCACGUGGUUAGCCACUCUGACUGAAUUGACCGGUUGUGCAUCAAUCACUGACGAAAUGGAUACGCAAUAUGAACCUGUUUAUCGUGAGAAGACCCCAAUUGACUUUGUGUUCCCUACAUUGCCUGUGAAUCAAUCUAUAUACAAAAAGGUGGUGGGUAAGGGCAGAAUAGAUCUUGUACCAGCUACAAAAUCUACUGUGGCCAGCUCAGAACUAAUUAGCGAGUCGUGGUUUGCAACCACCUCAAUGAUGUCAACAGAGUACCAUUUUACAACACUCAUCCAUAAUAGCAAAAUGGUUGCCAAACCUACCGCACAUGCGAAGUCCGAGAAGAUUAAACCAAACAAGGUUAAGCCAGAGACGACCAAGCCAGAGAAGGAUAAGGUAAACAAGGUUAACACAGUGAAGACUAAGCCAGCUAAUGCAAAGCCCACCAAAAUAGAGAAGCUUGUCAAACCUACAAUGCCAAAAAAGCCUCCAACUACCACCGAGCUUACCAAACCCACCUGGACCAUUAUAUCUACAACAACAACAGUGCAAACUGAAUUUAUCCAAUUCCCCGAAGAACAACAUUAUCAUUACCAUCCUAACCACAAAACUGGUACACAUGGGCAACGUUUCAGAUCAGGUGUUGCUAACGAAUUUGCAAUCCCGGUUUUAACCAUCAUAUUCACUGGACUUGUUUUGCUCCUUACGUCGUUAUAA